AUGGCGACCGUUCAAAGCGAUGAUCCCACGGUCAUCAUACCAAACUUAUGUCGGAUACUACAAGAGCAGGGUCACAUGGUUGGCAGUUCCGGGUCAAUCAGUAUCACCAGGGAUGGUAAAACUUACUUUACACCGUCAGGAGUUCUGAAGGAGUAUAUUCAGCCCAAUGACAUCUUCAUCUAUAAGAACAGCACUCCAUUCCACAGUCCACCGCCAACAAAGAAAUUGAAAAGAAGCUCUAACUCGCCACUAUUUGAGGUGAUAUAUGACAAGACAGAUGCCGAUACUGGAAUCCACACCCAUUGUAUGUCCUCCAAUCUCAUUACUCAGGUCACGGCCGGGAACGAAGUCCGGAUUCAAAAUCAGGAAAUGAUCAAGGGCAUUGCAAAGUGUAAAUCAGGUGGAAUGUACAAAAAUACGGACGAGCUGAUUGUUCCUAUUGUCGAGAAUGCACCGGAGGAAGCAGAUUUACUGCCUGCUAUAUCAAAGGCCAUUGACGACUACCCCGAAACAUGUGCUGUCCUUGUACGUAACCAUGGCAUCUACGUUUGGGGGAAGUCUUGGCAGAAAACAAAAAUCAUGUACGAGUGCUAUUGUUACCUCUUCGACCUGAUGAUCAAGAUGAAACAACUUGGUAUCACGAGAUCGUGACAUCCCUCCUCCCAUUCGGCCUAGUCAUGAAAGUCGUGCAAUAAACCGGCGUCGUCUUCUCACAGAUGAACAAUUUGGUGCUUCGUUUCUUCAUUCCAAGAAUUUCCCACCGUUGUUUGGAAACUGGGGCCACAUACUUCAUUCCAAGGUAGUCGUAACUGCGAAACUUGGGGACAAACUUAUCAUCAAGAGGCAGCAAAAAUGCGGCGGACGAUGCUCAGUUUUGCAGGUUACAUUUGAAUAAUACGUGUGGAGAUCUCAAGAAGGAGCUGCGACUUCAGGGAAAAAUUGGCAGGUCGUCAGUAGGUGCUUCAAGUUGGUGUGGUAGAUAGAAUAUAUAACAUAAUGCAUGUUUUACUUGCAAAUGAUGCUGUACAUAUCUUUGGUAUGGUUUGUCUUUCAGAUUUCAAUCGUCUUUCAGAUUGCAUUUCAUGUAUUGAGAAUUUAUGUAGUUUUAAAGUCAUAAGUCGCACUUCCACCUAUCAAAUCCCCGUGUCUUUUGCGCUUACACCUAUGAAUUGCCGUGUCUUAAUAGACCCGUGUGUCAAAUCCCCGUGUCUGUUAGCCCCAUCGAGCUCGAUGGGGCUA